AUGAGCCGGAUCAAGCAAUCGGCCACGGCCCCUCUGGUCGCCGGCCUUCUUCUUUUGGCGUCGGCCCCCACUCCGAUCCUCGCCCACCCUUAUCCGUUGCAAAACAUCGCGAACAACCUCUUCUACGAGUUUGGCGACAAGUUCAUGAAGCGCGAUUGCGUCCAGCGAUGCGGAGCUGAUUCCCAGUACUGUUGCGGCUCCGGCGAGCAAUGCUACACAGUCAACAACAUCGCCGGCUGCAGCACAAUCAACGGAGGUGGAGGCUAUGGAAUUUACACCACAACCUGGACCGAGACAAACACCUUCACAAGCACAAUCACAACAGAUUGGCCCGAAACAACAAAGGCUUCUGGAGGAGGUGCUGGUGGUGGCAGCGGAGCUGCUUGUGUCCCGAAGAACGAUGGCGAGACCGCAUGCGGCACCAUUUGCUGUGCGUCCGAUCAAUACUGCGCUUAUGCCGGACAAUGCGCUCAGAAGGGCUGGAGUAUCACCACUGUCACUUCCAACGGCGUCCCCAUCACGACGCAAUUCUCCGCGCCCUACCGAGUCACCAGCACUGGGGCUACUGCAACUGGCACAUUCGCCUCAGAGACAGCAACAGGAACUGCGGUGCCCAUUACCGACGAGGGCACCGGCGGCGGCUUGAGCGGUGGGGCCAUUGCCGGCAUUGUUAUCGGCACGCUUGCUGGUCUCGGUCUGCUCAUGCUCCUUUGCUUCUGCUGCAUCGCCCGAGGUCUCUGGGGUCUCAUCUUCGGCGGCAAGAAGAAGGAGCGCAGUCGCGAGCGUGUCGAAGUUGUCGAGGAGAGAUACUCUCGCCACGGCAGCCGCCGGCCUUCAGCCCACUCUCAUCGUCCGUCUCACGGGGGUUGGUUCGGCGGUGGCCGUGCCGCAUCCGCUGCCCACCGCAAAGAAGAGAAGAAGGAAGGCGCUAAGUGGUUGGGCCUCGGUGCCGCCGCCGCGACUCUGGUGGCGCUGUUGAACCUGAAGAAGGACAAGCCUGCACGCAAGCCGGCCCGGUCGGCGUACACUGAUUCAUAUUACUCCUACACGGGGACAAGUCCCAUUCUAGUUCUGGAGGAAGAACUCACCACACGCGCGGCACCCGCACCACGCGUCCCUCACGGAGGUAGCGUAGCACCUUGA